CCAGGAGUAGCUGGUGUGAGCUCCAGGGCUCUGCCCAACAAGCGAGGAUGAUCCAGCGGCACCAGCUGGUGCAGUCGGUGCUGCAGGAGCUGCAGGAGGCCACUGAAUGCUUUGGCCUGGAGGGUCUAACCAGUGCUGUGCUAGAGGCAGAGAGAACCCUGUCCUCCUUCUCUCUGCCCAGCUACCAUGGGAGGCAGCUCCAGGAAGAGCUAGAAGUUGACCGAGUAGCUAGAAGCCUCUAUCCAGAGGAUGCUCCCAGCAACAUGCUGCCUCUGGUUUGCAAGGGUGAGGGGAACCGCCUGUUUGAGGCUGCCAGUGUGCUCUUGUGGGGGAACCCCAGCCUGAGCCUGGAGCUGCAGGUGCGCACAGUCGUGGAGAUGUUACUCCACAAGCAAUACUACCUGAAUGGCAUGAUUGACUCCAAGGUGAUGCUACAGGCUGCCCGUUACUCACUGUGCACGGAGGAGUCCCCAGAGAUGACCAGCCUACCCAUGGCCAUCCUUGAGGCCAUCUUUGAUGCAGACAUCAAGGCCACUUGUUUUCCUGGCACCUUUGCCAACAUGUGGCAUGUGUAUGCCUUGGCCUCAGUGCUGCAGUGUAACAUCUACUCCAUUUACCCCAUGAGCAACCUGAAGAUCCGGCCAUACUUCAAUCGCCUCAUCCGGCCCAGGAAGUGCGGCCCGCAGACGUCCACGCUCCACAUCAUGUGGUCAGGACAGCAGCUCUCCAAGCAGGUCUUCAAAGCCCAGUACUUUGUGGCUGUAGUAGGCCUGGAGGAGCUGGAACCCACAAGCCCCUCUCCAGAGCCUCCAAUCCAGCCAGUGAAGACUCUGGAGCUGCUGAACAGUGACCCCCAGCUGACCUACUCUAACCUGCGUGACCGAUACAGCAUUACCAAAAGCACCUUUUACCGAUGGAAGCGCCAGUCUCGGGAACACCGGCAGAAAGCAGCCACCCGAUUUGCUGCCAAACACUUCCUGCAGUCGUGUUUCCAAGAGGGCAAUGUAAUUCCCUUGCAGCACUUCCGACAAAUGUUCCCAGAAAUCUCCCGCUCCACUUACUAUGCCUGGAAGCAUGAGAUGCAGACCUUGGCCAAUGGCGACACCUCUGCUUCUGCUGAAGCCACGGUGUCAUGGGAGCCUCCUGGAGAUGAUCUAAAAAAGGCCCACAUGGACGUGAAUGAUGUAGCAAACGUGGAGGGUGGCCUAAGGCCGAAGAGCCCUCCCACAGAUCCCAACCAAGCAGGGAUUUUCAUGCAAGGAGCUAAGUCAUACCUGGAGAAAUGCAUUUCCAUGAACACUCUGGUGCCCUACAGGUGCUUCAAGCGCAGCUUCCCUGGCAUCUCCAGGUCCACUUACUACAACUGGCGGAGAAAAGCCAUUAAGGAGAAUCCUAACUUUAAGCCCUCCCAGUCUCCCUCUGUCAGUCAGAAGCCCCUUGUGAAAACAAAGCCACAUCAGCCAGUCAAGCUGGAAAAUCUGUCUGGCAGGAAGAGACUGAAUGGACACCACCCAGAGCCCAGGAGCCUCCUCCAGCUGAAGACCUCUCUCUACAACUGGAAAAAGCAACUUCGAGACAUGGCGAAGAGGCAUGUCCGGCAAAGACGGCUACCUUUUGGCAGGUUCCGCCUGCGCUACCCCAGCCUCUCCUCCACAGCCUACUGGUUCUGGAAGAGAAGUGGCUGGCAGCUGAACAAGCAUCACUUGCCCUGGACCAGCUCAUCCCAGCAGCUGAGCCAGGUCAUCUCUGAAGGGCCUGGAAAAGCAGAGCCUAGGAUUAAGCCGCAAUUCAAAAUGGAAACAGGUGUGAAGCGUGUAGAGAAGCCAGCAUCUGUCACCCCCUAUAAUGCCACUAUCUCAGGCUACACCAUGUCAGAGAGAGCAAACAGCCGCAUGUUUGUGAUGGAUGUGAUUGCCACUGCCCAGUUCAAAGCUCAGGCCAAACUGUUCCUGCAGCAGCGCUUUGAGUCGAAGACCUUCCCCACCUACAAAGAGUUCAGUGCCCGUUUCCCCCUCACAGCACGUUCCACCUACUACAUGUGGAAGCGUGCCUUGCAUGAUGGACUGACACUGGUGGAUGCCUAAGGGCUGUCUUCCUACCAGGCUAGCCCAGGGCUCCCUGCUGGCUUCUGCUCUUGACUCUGUAGCUGGGACAGUGGGGUCACUGAGCCAUUAGCCAGCUCAACCUAUUUCAUGUUUACGUUUUAUUAUUAAUUAAUCUUGUUUUAUGUUGUUUUUUUUCCUUUCUCAUUUUUGUUUCAGUCAGGUCUCAGGAUGUGGGGGCCAUGCCUGUAAAAUCUCACUCCCUGCAGAUAGCAAGAGUGAAACAGGGUCUCUGGGUUUGUUUUUUCUUUUUUUGUGUUUGGUUUUGUUUUGGCUGCUGAAAAUGUCUCCCAGAAGAAAGAAGGAGAAUGGAGUUUGUUUUCUCCUGAUGCUAUGGGGGAGAGGGAAGUACACUUGAAAAGGCCCCAUGUUCCUUAAAGUAUCACUCAUGAGUAAGUGCUCCUUGUACAUGGACUGGCCACGGGGUUAUAGCUGCAGAGUUCCUUUCUAAACAUUAUAUGCAGGAUUUAGGGUCUUACCUGUUCCUAGCCCCUGUAAAACCAGAAAUCUGUCUUCCUGAUGACCAGAUCCCUUUGGACAGGAGGAGAGGUACGCUGCACCAGGUACAGAGGUACCCAGCUGUCUCUGUCACUGACUGCAAGCAGAAUACCUUUGACCAGACUGCAAAAGGGUGAUGUGGAUGCCAUCUCAGACACCAUGCACUGAAAGGAAGGGCAUGAGCAAAUCUCAGGAAGGACUAACAGCAGCCUGCCUUCCUGCCCUGGUAUUAUGUCCUCUUGGUUCAGGAGGGAUGGACUUUAGCUUGAGGGGCAAUAGUGACCAGAGCUGGAGGGGUUGGGGGAGCACUAUAUUUUGUGGUUUUUAGGUCAGCGAGUUCUUGUUUCUGGUUUUGCUGAUCUGUUCUUGUUCUGCUUGUAGUUGUGGAAGAUGAGGCUUCCUAGUGCUCCUUACUUGGAGCAGAGAUCUGUUCAUAUUUCAGUAAUCAGGAAGGAUUGCAGCUAUGUAGAUAGGGGCCUAAUGGACUUGUGCUAUCCAAGCCUGUGUCUUUCAGGCUCUGCAGACAAGUGACAUCCCUGAAUUGUCUUCUCUUAACUACAUGCUCUCUCCCAGUGGAUGCAUGCCUUUUUGUAUUCUUGACAAGUACCACUUUCACAAGGAAGGCUAGCCAGAUGUCCCAACUGCUGCAGUGGGGUGGAGAGACAGUACCCUUGGCCUAAAUGAGAAGGGUGAACUCUACUUCCAGCAUAUCUUGCUCUGUGAAUGUGGGAAAUGUCUCCAUAUGGCUGAGCUGCAGAGCCAUGGCUAUAGUGAAGGUGAAUGUGCAUGUGUGACUUAUAGGAACGUAAAGCAAUAAAGGCCCAUCCAUUCCCA